GAGUGCAGGCAGAGCAGCUGAAGCGUCAGACAAAGACACGGAGCGCAGCGCGAUCCUGCAGCAUCCACACCCACCCACACCCACUCACACACAGCAGCACUGUACCGCUGACCCACAAUUCCUCACUACCAGACCUUUCUUCACCACCAAUAUGGACGGCCCAUCUGAAAAUGUUGCCAUGGAGCUGGAUUUCGGGCAUUUUGAUGAGCGGGACAAGACAUCUCGGACCCCUCGGGGCGGACGGGCCAACGGACUCCCGAGUCCAACCCACAGCGCCCACUGCAGUUUCUAUAGGACACGCACCCUCCAGGCCCUGACCAAUGAGAAGAAGGCCAAGAAGGUGCGCUUCUACCGCAAUGGUGACCGUUACUUUAAGGGAAUCGUGUACGCAGUUGCCAACGACCGUUUCCGCACGUUUGACGCUCUGCUGGCCGAUCUGACACGCUCACUCUCUGACCACAUCAACCUGCCACAAGGGGUCAGAUACAUCUUCACCAUCGACGGAUCACAAAAGAUCAGCACACUGGACGAGCUAGAGGAAGGCGAGAGCUACGUGUGUGCCUCUGAGAACAACUACAAAAAAGUCGACUACACCAAAAAUGUGAACCCUAACUGGUCAGUCAACGUGAAAGCAUCAGCCAGCCAGAAGAACAUGCUGGCCAACCGCGCCGCCAGUGAGGCGAGGGAGGACAAGGACUUUGUGCGACCCAAGCUGGUGACAGUGAUGAGGAGCGGGGUGAAGCCGCGGAAGGCCGUCCGUGUGCUGCUCAACAAGAAGACGGCGCACUCCUUCGAGCAAGUGCUCACUGACAUAACAGAGGCCAUCAAACUAGAGAGCGGAGCGGUGAAGAGGAUCUACACGCUGGACGGCAAACAGGUGACCUGCUUGCAAGAUUUCUUUGGUGAUGAUGACGUGUUCAUUGCCUGUGGACCAGAAAAAUUCCGCUAUGCGCAGGAUGACUUCUCCCUGGAUGAAAACGAGUGUCGGGUGAUGAAGGCCCCUAAAGGACAGAGGGGCUCCACUAAAAGUCCCGGCCCCAUGCGACGCUGCAAGUCUCCGGCUGAUUCCACUAAUGGAACAGGAUCCAGUAGUCAGCUUUCUACCCCCAUCUCUAAGCAGUCUCCAAUAUCUACCCCAACCAGUCCCGGAAACACCCGCAAACAGAAGGAGCUCUACUUGCCUCUGUCUCUGGAAGAUGAUGACUCACAGGGAGAGUCUAUGUAGACUCUUUCCACUCUGUCCUUCAAUCAGCUUGAUAUCACGUCACAGAGGUAUCUCUGAUGCUCUCGGUCUUGGAAACAUCAACAUCGCCGCCCCAACGGCCAGGGUGACUGCACGCAUCCCUUUGCAGCAUUUAGACCGUGAUGCUUUGCAGUGAUGGUCAGCGCACUAUUUGCUGCUUGUGAAUUUGUUGCAUCCAUUUUCCAUGUUUUUCCCUGUUUUUUGAUAAUAGAUUUGUAGUGACUGAUGAAAAUGCUAAGUAUAUGCGGGGCAUAUGCAGCAGUUUACACUUGUAUUUUGACAACAUACAGCCAAAUUUGUACUUGUGGUAUACUGUUGAACUUCAUUUUAUAUAUGAGACAUUUUAGGAAAGCUUAACCUUUAAGAUGCAGAUUAGAUCUUUCAACAUCCAAACAUUUUUUAAUUCAUAAUUUAGAAUUUUUCAUAUUGACUUUUUAAAAAAGGCUUGGUCUUGUGAAUUCCAAGCAGCAAAUAGUUGUUUUUACAAGGGUGUAAUAGUCUGACUUGAACAAAAUAAUAAUAAAUAAAAAAAAUAGAAAAAAGUAAGAAAAAGAAUUUAAAAAAAAAGACUCGUUGCAGCAUUAAUACUUUUUAUUAAUCUCUUUUUUAUUAAGACCCCCCCCCACCCCUCUCUCUUUCUCUCUUACUCUCUCUAUCUUUUUCUCUCUCUUUCUGUGCAAUGGUUUAUUGUGUAUCAGUAUUUUAAAAGCCCAAAGCAGUUGAAUUAGUGUUUCUAGGCUACAAUUGUUACAUAUUGCACCUUUAAAUAUGAAAUGAUGCGUCCCGUAUCGAAUCUACACGGGACAUUAUUUGUUCCGUAGGCUGGUCAGAUGGCAUCAUGGCGAAACUGGCCCAGAUCGUUAAUUUAACAAUGAUAUAAGUUGGAAUUUUUUCCAAUUUAUAUCAAUGUAAUUUUAUAUCAACUUACGUAAGGAGUUGUCUGAAAAGUCUACAUUUUGUGCUAAAACUCAGAAUACAGGGUCAAUUUUUUCAACACCCCUAUGGCUUACGGAGUUGGCAUAAGCCAUAAAAUCACGUCAUUUUUCUUUCAAUCACAUAAAGGUCUAAAAUGUAAAAAAAAAAAUAAAAAAAAAAACUGCACUAAGAUUUAUUUUCUAGUUGAAAAUUGAUUAAAGUUGGUUAAAGGGAAAGUUCAUCCACAAAUUACAAUUCUGUCAUCAUGUACUCACUCUCAUGUCAUUCCAAACCCAUGUGACUUCCAUGGAACUCAAAAGGAGAUGGUUUUGCAGAAAGUUCACAUUGUUCUUUGCCAUACAAUUAAAGUGAAUGGGGGCUGGGGUUGUCAUGCUCCAAAAAUGAUGACAAAAGGUAAAUAAAAGGAUUGUAAAUGUACUAGCACUAUACUCAAAGUCUUCUGAAGCCAUAAAAUAGCUUUUUGUGGAGCAUACUAAAAUUCUCUCAGCACUUUCUUCUGCAGAUAAAAAUUUCAGAUUUGUAGAAGAAUAUUUCAGCUCUGUAGGUCCAUACAAUAAAAGUAAAUGGUGAUCAGAACUUUGAUUCUCCAAAAAUCACAUAAAGGCAGCAUAAAAGUAAUCCAUAAGACUCCAGUGUUUAAAUCCAUGUCUUCUGAAGUGAUAUGAUCGGUGUGGGUGAGAAACAGAUCAAUGUUUAACACCUUUUUCCUAUAAAUCUCCACCUUUGACCAGCCCUGACCAAUAGGUGGCGAUAUGCACAAAGAAUGUGAAUCACCAAAAAAAGAAGAAUGUAGAAGUGAAAGUAAAAUUAAAAGUAAAAGUAGAGAUUUGUAGUAAAAAACUAAAAUGUCUGAAAAAGAUCUGUUUCUCACCCACACAUAUUAUAUUGUUUCAGAAGACAUGGAUUUAUCUAAUAGAGUUGUUUGAAUUACUUUAAUGCUGCCUUUAUGUGAUUUUUGGAAAAUUAAAAUUCUGGCCAGCAUUCACUUUCACUGUAUGGACCUACAGAGCUGAAACAUUCUUCUAAACAUUUAUUUUUCAUUUAUUUUCUGUAGAAAAUAUAAAGUCAUCCACAGCUGUGAUGACAGCAUUUUCAUUUUUGGGUGAACUAUCCCUUUAAGUCAUUAUUAACUGAAAAUCUUCCCUAUUGCUGUACCUCUUAAAUCUCAUUUGCACUUGCUUGCAUCCAAAUAUGAAUGGCCAAUUUUUUACAUCAGUGGCAUCGCAUGUUAUUGGUUCUUGCAUAUUUCAAAACUGAUCCCAUUUUGGAUGAACUCUCCCUUUAAGUUUGAAAAUGUCAUGUAAGGCACAGUGUGCUUUUUCAGAAAGCCAAAGGUAUGUUGCAUAGAGGGAGGCUGAAAACUGAAAUGUUCUCCUUCCCAUCAGUGGUGUGUAUAUGGCAAUGUUUUACUCAAAGCUCUAAUCAAACAUUUUAGAUAACCAGAUUCAAUGUACUACAUUAUGAUCAUGGAGUUCCUUUGUCAAUAUAUGGUAGCAAAAUGCAGUCAUUUCUCUAUUACACUCCCAGAGAGCACUGUGAUGUUAUUGUGAUAUCUGUUGAUCAUCUCUGUGACAGACAUGAAACAAAAACCCAACAAAACUGCAAACCCUGACUAAUCUUUUUACCAUUUUUCUCUCGUUUUCAUCUGAAUACUCUAGAACUGUAAAUAAUGAUUUUACACCUUCCAUGGUGCCUUUUUUAAACCAUCCUUGUCCUUAAAAAAAAAAAAAAGAAAUAAACAAACAAAGUGAACACUCAUCUGUCAAAUGUUGAACUACUUUUAAACCUUGCUCUCUUUUUUCAUUGUUUAAAAUAAAGUGGGGAUCAAACAACAACUAUAACAAACUGUAAUCUGUUACUGCUAAUUUGGAACACUGUUUUUAGUACUUUACCAGGGUAACUCUUCCGACAUGGUGCAGAUGCUCUCUAUGCUCCUGUAGUGCUGUAUGUAAAUACAUCUUUUUGAGCUUGGUAACAUAAAAAAAGAAAAAAAUCAGACUUCCAUGAUGAUCAUGUACUUUCUGCUGUAUCAUUGUGACUUGUAUUGGUGAUGUCAUUCUGUGUACUAAACUUCUCUCUUUACUAUUAAAAUGAGAUGCUAUUCAACAGCCUGCUGUGACUGUCAUAAUACCCGUGAUAGGUUUUGUAGUUGAUAAUUUGUUUGUUUGAUUUUUCAGACAUUUUGCUUCAUCAAUGAACCCAAAGCAUCAUGAACCCACUGUCUUUUCACAUUAUUUACAUACAUGGCUUCAUUUUAACUGCUGAUAUAUCUAUAUUUAAAAGAAUAUUCCAGGUUCAAUAAAAUUUAAC